CUGCAGCCGCCUGGGCCCCGGGCCCGGCUCCUCCCGCGCCGCCCGGGCGAUGAGAAGCUGCUUCUGCGUGAGACGGAGCCGGGACCCGCCGCCGCCGCAGCCGCCGCCGCCCCAGCGGGGAACAGACCAAGCCACCAUGCCUGAAGUCAAAGAGCUUUCAGAAGCCUUGCCAGAGACAUCAAUGGACCCCAUCACGGGAGUCGGGGUGGUGGCUUCCCGGAACCGAGCCCCGACAGGCUACGAUGUGGUUGCGCAGACGGCAGAUGGUGUGGAUGCUGACCUCUGGAAGGACGGCUUAUUCAAGUCCAAGGUUACCAGAUACCUGUGUUUCACAAGAUCAUUUUCUAAAGAAAAUAGUCAUUUGGGGAACGUGCUGGUGGACAUGAAGCUCAUCGACGUCAAGGACACAUUGCCUGUGGGCUUCAUCCCCAUCCAAGAGACGGUGGAUACACAGGAGGUGGUCUUUAGGAAGAAGAGGCUAUGCAUUAAGUUUAUUCCCCGGGAUUCAACCGAAGCUGCCAUUUGUGACAUUCGCAUCAUGGGCCGGACCAAGCAGGCACCUCCCCAGUACACAUUUAUUGGGGAACUGAACAGCAUGGGCAUCUGGUAUCGCAUGGGCAGAGUGCCAAGAAACCACGACUCGUCUCAGCCCACCACGCCCUCCCAGUCCUCAGCUGCUUCCACCCCAGCCCCGAACCUUCCCAGGCACAUCUCCCUGACGCUGCCGGCUACCUUCCGAGGCAGGAACAGCGCCAGCACAGACUAUGAGUACCAGCUCUCCAACCUGUAUGCUCUAUCAGCAAUGGAUGGUGUGCCUUUUAUGAUUUCAGAGAAGUUUUCCUGCAUUCCGGAAAGUAUGCAGCCCUUUGAUCUCUUGGGAAUCACCAUCAAGUCUCUGGCGGAGAUUGAAAAGGAAUACGAAUACAGUUUCCGCACCGAGCAGAGCGCAGCAGCUCGGCUCCCACCCAGCCCUACCCGGUGCCAGCAGAUCCCCCAGUCCUGAGGAGCCUAUAGCCUCCUGGGAGAGAAGACAUCUCCUACCCAAUGCCCAGACUACUGAUGGGGUGGCUGGGGCAAGCGUCACUUCCUCCCUCACCUGCCCGUUCUGCUUGCCCUGCUCACUGACCAAGAGACUCUGGGCAGCUGCUUGGUCAUAUAUGGUCAUCAGCUCGCCUGACAAGACUUCUCUGCCUCCCCAGGAACAUUGUUUAUAAUUGUGACUAAUGUAUGUGCUGUUAGUGACCAGAGGCUCCUGUGUGAUGACCACUUACCCAACAAGAAAAAAAAACUCCUUCCUUACCUGGAGUCACCCACCCAUGAGGGCCUGGGCACAUACUCCAGACACCCAGCGACACCCACUGGCUCCCCUUCAACUGACCAUCACCUACCACAGAAAUCCCACAAAGCCACUAGCUCCCUCCUGGGAGACUCCAGGGUUGACUGCUUCCCUUAGAACCCUGCAAGAUGCACUGAUGGCCUCUGACCCAGCCACCUGGGAACAAGCAACCCUGGUCAGCAGGCUCCAGUGGCCCAUGCGUUUCAUGACAGCACUGAGAACGCAGGCCUAAGAUGCACUGGAGACAACCGUGGACUCUUACCCCACUCCACACACUGGACGUCCAGAGAGCACAGACGGGAGGUGACUGGGUGCCUACCUGGAUGCCUACCUGGAUGGAAACUUGGCUGCUAAGGUACUGUGCCCAGCCACAGGUGCCAAUCCCCACAAAGGGCUCAUCUGUGGAGCCUCCACAUGCCGACAACCGCUCCAUAUGCCCUGCCUGGUGCCCUGACUCGGUGGCAACUGACACAGCGAAUGCUCUGAGAAGAAUGGUACAAAGGCGCUAACUCCUCACAGCCCGGCCCACCCCACUGUCUAGAAGGCACCUUCCACAGGGGAGCUGCUGUUUUAAAAAGUUCUUCUGUCCCAGGCCUCAGAAUUUGGGCCAUGACAUUUCACAGGUGUCAACCCGAGGUGCCAAGUUGAACCCCACAUGUGUUGCCAUGAAAACAGAGGUCACCGAGGUCCCAGCUCUCAGCCUCACUGUGAUGCACUGCUUUGCCACAGUUGGCUUUUAGGGCUUGACGUUGGUCCCCAGAGCACCUGUGGAUGUGAAGAUCUGCACAGUGGUCGGCGGCCAUGGUACAAACCUCUCCAGUUACAGCUCUAGAGACAGCCACAGGUAGCUGGGCGCCCACGGUGCAAAAGAAUGAGGAGCAAGAACAAGCCAACAAGAUGGCAUGAGCCGGGGCAGGGCCAAAAAUACCUCACCAACCUACAACAGCCCUCCUCUGUGCCAGACCCUCGGGCCCUUUGUGGACUCCCCUUCCUCCCCAGUCAGCCAGCCUCUCUGCUUGAUGGUACUUCAUUUCUAUGUGUCAGGAAGGGUCACUUCGCCUCCUCCCUCAGAUGUGAGCACACUCUAUGGGGUACCCAUCAACCCCUUGCCUCUGAGCCCCACAGCCUCCUGUUAGCACAGGUCAUGGAAAUUGAUGCCCCAGAGGCCCAUGGGUUCAACAUAGGCACCUCUAGCAAAACCUAGUGCCACGCUGGUGCUCAAAGGAGCUAAUGAACUGACCCCAGAUGGCUCCACAACCUGGGGAUCCCAAGGACCUGUAGCGGCGGCAGCUGCUGCUGCUGCUGGUGCAGCAUCAAGUGGCUUGUGUGACCUGAGGCCCAACAGAGGGGGAAGCCAUCCAUCUGAGUUAACUGGGAGGGUUGGGCACAAAGCUCUGGACUUGGUUUAAGUUUGUACACUGUCUGACCACCUCGUCCAUUCCCCAGUUAUGAAAUCACCUGCCACGUGAUGCAGAAGGCCCUCCUCUCCUCUCAGAGGGGAAUGUGGCUUCUCUGUAGCUCUUUCGGGUCCUAGAAGUUCAAAACUGAAGACUGUGGACCCUCGUUAGUAAUCCAGACGGCCAAGUAAGGCGGCUCCUGGAGAAAGGAGAGCUCUGCAGCCCAUGCGUGCUCUCCCACAGGACCCGGCCACUGGCAGGAGGGCGGGGCACAUGCACUGAGCUGGAGCCCUCCCGAUGCUGGACUUAGUUGAAGAACCCUGACUGAGAAUGUUGUAGCACCAACAGCUUCUAGCUUUUGAAGUGUUGAGGACGACUUGGUGUCUGUGGUAGGUUCUAGGUUGCACCCAACCCCUGGUUUCUUGUCUUCUGGUGAUGGUAAUGGUCGUGUGUGCAUACCCAUGUCCACCUUGUGUGGACCCAGCAGACCCAGACCUGGGAGGUAGGGCUGUGGCUCACAGCAGCACUGAGUGGCCUUUGGGUACCGUGUGACAGGCACACUGUCAGAUGAGCACAAGGACUUGCUGGGAGACAUGAAGAGCCAUAGCCUCUCCCGUGGGUCUCCCCUCCCCUCCCAGCAUGUCCCACGACUGCUGCUGUCCCUGCCGAGCACACACAUCUCUCUUGAAAUGGCUGACCAGAGCACAGGUCCCUCUCCCCACCAUCACACUCUGAAAAGUUGGUUUCUUCCUAAAGGCCUUGGAAAUGGCACAUGGGUGACAAGUGGGGGGGGGGGCUCCUGGCUCACUUACAAAUUUAUCAUAAGACCAAAUCUAAGAAUUUAUGUCAGCCUAAUUCUGCCAUGUGGGGCAUUGAGAGCCCACUCUCCUCGGGGGACAGAUGAGAGCCAUGGCAUGACUACUUCCUGGUGGUCAGCAGCAUGUGGCCACCUGUGGCCAAGGUCAUGCUGAAGCCCCUCUGUCAGAAGGACAUCCAGCAAGGAGACUGAGGUACUAAGCACACACACCCCUCCCUUCCACUUGGCUUGGCAGUCUUAAGCACAUUUCCUGUCAUCCCCCAAACAAGCCAAGAGUGGGUGCUCUUUGCCCUGUCACAUGAAGAGCCUGAGGCAUGUCUCUAAGCUUGCCAGUGGCAGACAGAAUCUGAUCCCAAAGCCCCUGGGCCAACCACCUGGCCUUUGUGUCCAUCCCUGUAGGCUUUCUUUUGCCCUGGAGAUGUCAUCACACCAUGGCAGUGGGUUCCAGUCAUGGGUCAGGCUGAGAGUCUGAUUGACCUGUGUGCUCCCCACACCUGAGGGUUCCCCAGCCUUGUAGCAUCCUUCCACAUUUGUGGACUCAUGGCCAGGGAGGUAGAAAAGGGCCUCAGUGUGCCGCCAGGCCAUAAAGGGCUGAACUCACAGAAUUGGUUUGUGUCCAACUGAGCCCAAGAGUCUGAUGAAGAGGCUGGGCUCCAUCCCUGUACCAGGCUCCCUCUCAGGUGCCCGGCACAUCAGGGCAGCCCAGCCUUCUCCACCCGCUCUGGGCAAGAGCCUUGAGCAACUGUGGCCAUCUGCAACAGGAGACCAGGCUUUGUUCCCCUUCAAAGGCUUGUGAGCCACUGGGCCACCAUGUGGCGCUGGGACAAGGACCUUAGGCACAGCUGCCUUCCUGUGUAUUUAUUCAAGGUGACUGCUUGGCAGAGGGAGGUCUCACUGUGUGACUGUAUCUUAAUAUAAUUUGUUAAAUAAAUGUUUGUUUUAACCUCGG